AUGGCAACUCGAUCGAAUUUCUACAAGAAUCCGUCAAUCUCUUACAACAAAAACUUAAGUCUCUCCUCCGUUCUUCAGAACCUCCAUGCUUACAACAUUGCCACCGGCAACGUAACUUCCGACGACCAACCUCUUUCUGCUCCCACUCCCACCGCCUCUGUCAAACGUCCCCGCCAUCCCCGACCACCGCCGUCCCGUCACAAUCCCCACAAGGAUGAGGUUGACGAUUUCCCUUCCUCUAUGUCCCACUAUGAUUACAUUAAAAAAAGAAGGAAGGAAGUUGAAUUGUCUAAGAACUGUGAACGCGUUGAAUUAACUGAACAUGUCUUGGGAAACCCUAAUUCUGCUGUACCCUUGGUGGAUUAUGCAAGUGAUGAAAGUGCUUCUUCAGAAUGUGAAGAAACUCAUACUCUUCCAAAUUCUGGUCACAAACAAGAAUUUAAUGGAGUCAAAAGCCGAAAUGAGCAGCGUUAUCCUGUAUCCGGAGAACCUGUUUGUCUUAUAUGUGGAAGAUAUGGUGAAUAUAUAUGCAAUGAGACAGAUGACGACGUAUGUAGCAUGGAGUGCAAAAAUGACCUUUUAGAAAUUCUUAAACUGAAUGAGGGAUCCUCCCAUGACCAAGCUAAAGAUUGCUCCUCAUCUAGAAUAAGGGAUGCCUUACCAGUUCCCGUCUUUAGUGAUGAUACCUGGGAUUAUAAUCGACAUCGGUGGUCAAAAAAGAGAUCUAGUCUUUCCACAUAUGAAUGUUGGAAAUGUGAAAGACCUGGGCAUUUAGCUGAAGACUGUGUAGUAAAGAGUUGCAGUGAGACCAUAGCGGGAGGAAGUAAUAGAUCUAGUUCCAUUCCAAAGGAUCUUCUUGGAUUGUAUAAAAGAUGCCACCAGAUUGGUAAAGACUUGUUAGCUGCAAACUGUAAUGCAUGCCACAACUCAUCGAAUUUGGCCACAUGCAUUGAUUGUAGUAUUGUUCUUUGUGAUGGGGCAGGUCACUUGGAUGAUCAUAUAAAAAAACACCCUUCUCAUCAAAAAUAUUACUCACACAAGCUAAAACGUCUGGUUAAAUGCUGCAAGUCAACUUGCAGGGUCACUGACAUCAAAGAUCUCUUGGUUUGUCACUAUUGCUUCGAUAAAGCCUUUGAAAAGUUCUAUGACAUGUAUACUGCAACAUGGAAAGGAGCUGGGUUUUCAAUUAUAUCAGGUUCUAUAUGCUGUGAAGAUCACUUCAUGUGGCACAGGAUGAAUUGUUUGAAUGCAGAUGCAGAAGGAAGUUCAUAUAUUGUAAAAAACAAUGGCCUCAGAGGGAAACCUACGCAACUAAGCGAUUUUAUCUUUUGA